AUUUUCCAUCUUUUGUUUAACGUGUUAAAGAUAAAAUAAGAACGUGUCUGUAAGAUAAGAUAAGAGGCUUUGAAAUGAGAAGCUGUUCGCAAAGCUGAAAAUAAGACUUCACUUCACAUCUAUGGUAUUCUUGUUUUAAGUGAACAUGUCGCUAGAUAAAUUUGAAGUGUUACUAAUAUAAAACCAAAAAAAAAAAAAAAGGUUCUGAGUUGCAUAGGUUUUUCUGGGUUUUAGAUUGGCUCGAAAGUCAGUACCGUUUUAAAGCUGUCUAAGUAAUUGAACAUGACAUUGCGUCCGAAGAUUAAGGAGACGUACAUGAUACUGUGCAUGAUAUCACAUGACCACACAGUUCUGUAAUCUUUACAUUUCGAUACAUCCAACACACAAGGACCGUCGUCCGCCCGAGGUCGAUUUUUACUUCUCCUAACGCCGUUUACGCCUGUAUUUAGCGGGUGACUUUCUGUCUCACUGUAUCUCACGGUCUUUGUAAAGAGAUCUCCAGCUGUCGCUUUCAGAAGACAUUUGCUGCCGUUUAAAAUACCCCCCCCCCUUUUCCUAAUGAAAACGUAAAAUAUUUAAUAAACUUUCAUUUUGAAAUGAAGUGUCAGCAAUAUUUUAUGAACGUGGGACAAAAGGGGGGGGGGCAGCAUCUGGAAUCCCUACACCCAAGAAUGCUCCGUAAUUUGUGUGUGGCUGAUCCUGAGUAGGACAGAGCCUUGCUUUCGAAGAGCAUUGUGGGGUGGAUAAAAAUGGCGAGUGAUAUAGGGAAGAACUAUACUGAACUGCCUUAGGGAAUACAAGCUCGUGGGACAUUUGCGAAACCGGAGAGAAUAUUUGUUGAAAAAAAAAAAGAAACGAGAAAGUGUGACUUGGUGGGAUCAAGUAUCUUCUUGAAAUACACGCAAUUCAUAAAGAGAUGUAAGAAUAGUAGUCGGACCAUCGCAAGGAUAGACAUAAUUUUCUUGUCAACAUCACUCUCUAACCAAAACCCUUAGAAAUACGGAUCACUAUAUACUAUCUUUUUAUGAUACAAUUUAACUUUACUCUGUGUCCAUGCUAGAAAUGUAUUAUACACGGGAUGACAUCGCCUUAUCACAGUGGAUGUUAUGCAAUGAUCUGAGGAAAAUUGUUAAUUAUUGUCAAAAUAACAAGAGCUGUCCAAAUUGUAUUCGUAUAGAAACAAUUAAUAUUAAUGAUUCUCUUUAUUUCUAUACAUUUUUAAAUAUAUAUAUAUAUAUAUAUAUAUGUAUAGAAACAAUUAAUAUUAAUGAUUCGCUUUAUUUCUAUACAUUUUUAAAUAUAUAUAUAUAUAUAGUCCAUAUUCCAUAUACAUAUAUAAAUAUAUAUAUAUAUAUACAUUUUAUUUUGUAGUAUUUUUAUAGAUCUUAAAAAUGUGUCUAUUAAUCCGGUAUAUUAAUGUAAACGAAAUGUGUAAUUAUCUUUUAGCGUUUAAUUAUGAUUGUAACAUAGUUAUUACAUUUAAAUAACUUUAUUAUUUCGGAUAAUUUAGAAUAUUAAAAUGUUUAAAACGUUUAUUUCUAGUGGCAAGAUGUUGCCAGUGUGAAGCCACAUCUUAUACAAGAAGCUAUGUUCUAAUUCUCAUUUCUAUACAAUGUCCAUAUGUUUUUUUUUUGAUAGUCAAAAGUAAGAAAAAAACUCCAAGGGGAUCUCAAGAUUAUGUUAAUCACAUUCGUUUGUUGUUGUUUUUAUUAUAUGUAUACUUUUUUUUUUAUUUUAUGACCCCAUUUAUAUUCAAAAGAUGUCUGUUUCAGAAAAACAAACAAACAAUGAUUAAAUAUGUGGGGCGAUAUAAAUGCAGCUAAAGCAAAAUAAAAAGAAAACUUGUAGAGAGAGUAGGAAAUAGAUAAACAAUGUCAAGGACAUUAUAUUGAAGAGCGGUGUUGUCAACAGAAUAAUACAAGUAGCGAUUUGAUUCUGCAGUAACACAUCAUUAGUUAUUAAUACUUCCGGUAUUCUUAGCUCCGGAUAUACCAAUAGCUACAUUUUGUCUAAUUAGCCUUCAUUAUGAAAAUCAUUUACAGAUUAAGAGUAUUCCGGAAAAGGUUCUAUAGUAGUUUUAAAUAUUUUUGCUCAGCUUAUUAUUUCUGCAGUUUUCGGACGAUGAGUAUAAGUUUCAAUAACUGUUGUGACAAUAACUGUUGUGACAAUAACUGUUUUGACAAUAACUGUUGUGACAAAAACUGUUGUGAAAAUAACUGUUGUGACAAUAACUAUGGAUAGUGUCAACUGGUGUCUUUUUUUUUAUCAACAUUUAUGGAUUAAAUUUAUCACAAAGACUAAACCUAGAUCUAGGUCUAUCAGUACGUUGACUUUGUUGACAUUUUAAAAAUAUUUUGCCGCAGAGAUCAAUUUUAAACAAAUAUGGUAUGUACGUAUGUAACUGUUGUGACAAUAACGUGUGACAAAACUUUUGUGACAAAAACUUGUGAAAAUAACUGUUCUAAAUAAUUAAAAGUAAAAUAAUGAUUAGACUAAAACAUUUUUUGUUAUGGAUUUGUUUUGUGUUAUAUAGUCAAUGUUGAUGAUUUUUAAUAUAUAUUUGUUCCCUUUCUUUAAAUACUGCUCGAGAUAAAAAAAAAAACGUUUUGAAAUGUAAGUGAUAGUUGGCUAAAUAAAACAAAAUAAACAUUUUUUUAUCAUCAAACACUUCAAAUUGUGUCUAUGUGGUAUAGUUGUGUUCUCAAAUGUAAAGAUUUUAAUUUUUAGUGGAGAGUUGGUGAUGAAAAAAAAGAACAAACAAUAAAAAAAGAAGACAUCUAAGCUCUUUUCAACUUCGUAGGAAAGAAAAUGCUGUUUGAUUAAAAAGGAGUAUCUCUAAAGUACAAUUCAAGAUUUCAUGGACUUUCAAACAUUCUUAAUCAGGCUAGAUAUUUAAGUGUUUCUUUCAUGACAACAAUGCAAAAAAAUUUGUGUCUGUAAGAUGAGAGACGUUUUUUACCACAUCAGCCAAGAGAAUUUUCCAGAAGAACCUUCAUUCUUUGAGCAGCAAGAUCUUCGAUUGAUCCUUCUUCUUCGUCACGCUGUAACUUAGUGGACCAAACUUACCGGUCACUAAGGACUCGAAAGAUACAAUUUCGUCCUAUCCAAGACAAGAAGAAUAUCUCUCUCAGACCUUAAUGUAAAUGGCUGAGCGUCUAGCUGAAGCAAUACCAAGCCAUGAAGAUAUUGCUCUGAAAGGUCAACAUGACUCGAGGUGUGAUCACAAUCUCACCAGUGCCCAAGACUCAACUUUCGACGUCCACACAGACCAUGAGAUUAAUAAAUAUUCAUUUAAGAAAAUGGACAAAGCACAAGAGGCUAGUAAAACAUUGACCAACGAACAGCCAGGUGGUCGAGAAGCAGUCCGAACCACAAGGGAUCAUUCCAUGAAAGAAAAUGUGAAAGUUCUUGCAAAAGACGGAAAGACCGAAAGAAUGUCAGGGCCUAAUUCUCUGACAGAUUGUGUUGAUGGAGAUGUAGGUCCUGUCUUGAAAGGUCACAGAUCAGAUAAGGUUGAAGAGACAGUGAGUAAAUCAACCCAAUAUCAAAACAAAAACAACGCAGAAAGCAUCGACCUGCCAGUAGAUUUUAGCAUUACACCAAACAGUCAACUAGCGUUACAAACUGUACAAACAUUAUGCCAUUCAUUGACAGUAAAAGUGACCACUUCUUCGGGGCAAGGCAGUGGCACUUUGGUCAGUCCUGAGAUAUGGAAACAGCUUAGGAAGUGCAGAAGUCUGCAAAGUAUGAUGGAGUUAAAAGUAACUGGACUUGACCUAGCCAUUAUAGUUAGCGAGAAGCUUAUUAAGACAGAGCUUGACGCAUCCCAGGCCUCUGUGGAGUUUUCUUAUGUAACAGAAACUGACCGGCAUGUAUUUGUAAGAAUUAACCAGUGCUCGAAACUCAGCUACAAAGUUGAUGGACGCACGAUACUAACGUGUCAUCGUGUCCCCGUAGAAGUCUGUGAAGACUUGGAGAAACACUACGUCAAAUUUUGUGACAUGGCCGCCAUAUUGUCACGUGACCCAUCGUAUUCUGACAAGUUUCUUCUACUUGGUCACCUGAAUGGGGUUUCUAAGGUAGCACUUGAAGGCAAGUACCAGCAGGGUUUUGAACCAAGAUCACAACCUCUUGGCUACUUCAAUCUGGAAGAGUCUGCGGAGACAUUCUUUAGCAGAACCAUGAACGUGAGUCCACAAGAAUGGUCAGAACUGAAGGAGAAGCUCUGCCCUGGAGAUGAAAGUAUGUCAGUAGUAAGCUUCUGACUUAAAAGCUUAGAGAAAAUAUUUAGCCUAUGCACCUACGUCUUAAAAGAUAGAUGAGCGACUGUGUAAUUAAAGUUUCUAAAUUCACAAUAUUUGUAUCUCUAAAUAACUAAUCUUGUAGACAGUUUGAAUAUUUAAACUCAUCAUUUAACUGAGAUCUAUAGUCUGAAUCAUUUAUUUUUCUUUGAUAAUUUAAACAUAUCUUUUAGAUAACGUCUUCAGUAGAUGUAGGUCAUAUUUUUUAAAGCCAUUUAGGGAUGUUUUUAAGUUACUAGGUAAAUAUUUAUCGCUGCCUGGUCGUCGCGAUAGUCCCGGGUUCAAAUCCCGCCUGCUGGCUGCCUUCCCUGACGUCAGGCACGAGGUUUGGACUAGGACGAAAUAAUCUUCACUUCUGAGGGAAAGGCUGAGGCUGAGUGAUAAAGAGGUUAGCUUCAAAACCAAAAGGCUUCUGGUUCGAAUCCCUGUCUUUAGGACAUCCUAUUCUAAUGGAUGAUAAACAUUGAUUGGGAAAGUAAAGUUGGUUUGUUCCUUUAUUAAAUAUUACAGGAUUAUCCUCUGCCCAAUGGAUAGAAAUAUCUGAAAGAGUGAAUUAACAUUUUACUUCAUCGGGCUUAACCUGGCCACCUAAUUUGCUGUCAUCAAUAACUUUAACAAAAGUAACCCUUCUCGUCUGCUGGAGCAGAUGUUAUACAAUAUGUAGAAGGAAAGUUGCUCAUUUUGAUAAGCUGAAGCCAAAGGCGACCUUAGCGAGUGGCUAGUGCAGCAACUGACCCGCCCUUGAUGGAGGCCCGUGAUCUAGUUGGGUUAGGGUUAGGGUUGAUUUUUCAUGCAAGAAAUCAAUAUUAGAGGACUAGGCAUCUGGGUACAAAAUCUUGCAAGCAUAAUCUUACAAUUACAAAAAAAGCUUGGCUUCCAAACCGUGGUCCAGGGUUCGAAUCCUGACUGGGAUUUUUAAUUUAAAGAUCCUUAAGGCGCCUCUGAGUCUACUCAACUUAUAUGGGUACCUGACAUAAGUUGGGAAAAAGUAAAAACGGUUGGUCGUUAUAUUGGCUAGGUAACACCCUGGUUAACCGUAGGACACAGAUACAGAUGAUCUAUACAUCUGCCCUAUAGGAGGGCAAUGUUGGAAAGAUGAACUUUGAUGUUUAUAUAAUGUAGCUAAACAGUACCUACGUAAGAAAGUUGGCUUUGUAACAGUAAGGCAUUGCAGGCGGACGAGCCCGUUAGCGUGAUGCGGUACCGUAUUAAUAGUCUUCGGACAACAGUAUGACAGUCGCCCCCCGGCCCCAUGUACAGCUAAUGUUGCAAUGCUGGAGAACUUGUAUAAUUGUAUUCUAAUGUAACUUGAUGUACAUAUUUUCAAUGCACACAUUCUGUUUAUAGCUAUAUCAAUAUCCAUAUCUAUAUUUUUAUCAGUAUAUCUAUAUAUAUCUCUACUAAUAUUUAUAUACAUAUAAAUAUUUGUAAAUAAAAAUAAAUAUUGAAUAUUAAUUGUGUAUUAAAAAGAUUGUUUCAAUGUAUAUCUAUAUCCAUAUCUAUAUCAAUAUAUCUAUAUCUAACUAUCUAUAUUAUAUUUAUAUGUAAUAGGCAUAUAUAUAUAUAUAUAUAUAUUUAUAUAUUAAUAAAAAUAAAUAUUGAAUUUUACA